AUGAAGCGCAAGCUCGAUGCCAACGAUGUGCCGUCGAUAGAGGCACCGGAAGGAGACGAUGAGCCCCAAGCCACCUUUGAAAGCCUCGGUCUCGAUCCGCGAUUACGCCAAGCGCUGGUGAAGGAGAAUUUCUCGAAGCCAACGCUGGUGCAAUCCAAGGCAAUUCCCUUGGCUCUCGAGGGGAAGGAUAUCUUAGCACGGGCUAAGACGGGCUCUGGCAAGACUGCGGCUUAUGUCCUUCCUGUUUUGCAAUCCAUUCUUCAGAAGAAAUCAAUUGACCCUUCUCUGAAAGCGACGUCGGUUCUUAUCCUCGUCCCCACGAGAGAACUUUCUGAGCAAGUGCAACGUGUCGUGGUAUCCUUCUCGUCCUCCUGCGGCAAGGACGUGCGAUCCGUCAAUUUGACACAAAAAGUGUCUGAUUCUGUCCAACGUGCCAUGCUUGCCGAUAUCCCCGACAUUGUCAUAUCCACCCCAGCACGGGUAGUCUCUAACGUCAAUAAUUCGGCGUUGUCCUUGGACAACCUCACCCACUUGGUGAUUGAUGAGGCCGAUCUGGUGCUUUCUUAUGGCUACGAAGAUGACAUAAAUGCUUUGGCCAAAGCUGUGCCACGAGGAGUUCAGACAUUCCUGAUGAGCGCAACUCUCACGGCCGAAGUGGACACACUAAAAGGCUUGUUCUGUCGAAACCCGGUGACUUUGAAACUGACCGAGACGGAAGAUGAAGGAGGUGGUAUCAGCCAAUUUGCUGUGCGCUGUGCGGAAGAUGAGAAAUUCCUUCUCACAUACGUUAUUUUCAAGCUGCAGCUGGUCAAGGGCAAGUGCAUCAUUUUCGUUGGAGACAUCGACCGUUGCUAUCGUCUCAAGCUUUUCUUGGAACAAUUUGGAAUCAAGAGCUGCGUGUUGAACUCAGAGCUACCGGCAAACUCGCGUAUACAUGUUGUUGAGGAAUUCAACAAAGGUGUUUACGACAUCAUCAUUGCUGCGGACGACCAAGAAGUUCUCGGCACGAAAAAGAUCAAAAAGCCAUCGGCAGCGAAGGAUACGGAAUCCAACACGGUUGAAGAGGAUGCCGAAGCUGAAAUAGAUGAAUCCAGCGACGACGAAGUCCAACCCGCCCAAGAUUCCAAAUCUCAAGGGAACAAAAAGCAGAAACUCUCUGGCAAACAGAAAGACUACGGCAUCUCCCGUGGCAUUGAUUUCCAGAACGUCGCCUGUGUGUUAAAUUUCGAUUUGCCUACGACAUCUAAGUCCUACACACAUCGCAUCGGCCGCACUGGGCGCGCCGGCAAAACCGGCAUGGCAUUCUCCUUUGUCGUUCCCAAAGAAGAAUACGGCAAACACAAACCAACAAGCUACCCAACUGCUAAAUACGACGAAGCGGUGCUUGCAAAGAUCAUCAAACGUCAGGCCAAACUCGGCCACGAAGUAAAACCAUAUCACUUUGAAAUGAAACAAGUCGAGUCCUUCCGCUACCGUAUGACCGAUGCUCUACGCGCCGUCACGCGACUCGCCAUCCAAGAAGCACGGGCGCGCGAGAUCCGCCAGGAACUGAUCAAGUCGGAGAAGUUGCGCCGUCACUUCGAGGAGAACCCAGAUGAAUUGCGACACUUGCGACACGAUGGCGAGAUUCGAGCGGUCAGAAUUCAGCCUCAUCUCAAGCACGUCCCCGAUUACUUGAUGCCGUCCAAGGGAAAGCAGGGAUUGAUGGCGGAAGACUCGCAGAAACAUGUGAAAAUCGGGAAGUCGAAUGAGAACCGAAUCCGGAAGGCGAGGGAGAGGAAUAGGGCUAAAGGGCGGCGAGGUGCAGGGUCUAGCGGUAGGAAAUCGGAUCCCCUGAAGACUUUUAAUGCGAAGGGGAGAAAGAAGUAA